AUGAGCGCAACACCGAGACAGCGGACUGGUGGGUUUCCACAAACACCAGCCCGACGACAGGACCCCGAUCCGAACUCCUCCAUCUCCUCUCAGAAGAGCCACCGCGCAUCUUCGCUCCCUCAAGCUCCUGAAAGCGCGACUCGAACUGGCCCUGCGAGCGAGCCUGUCAUCCCGUUGACGAUCCUCGAUGCUCCUCAACAACGCUUCUACGCCUUCGCCAUAUACGUUGGGCUGUUGGCAUGGAGAUUCUACGACUGGAUCAAGCUUGUGGAGGACAACGAUACAUCGGCAUGGCUGUUCCUGAAAUGGGUCUUCAUCGACUUUGGCUUUCUUUUCGGCCUACCGGAAAUGAGGAUACCAUGGUUGGAGUUGUCACAGCCUGUGGUUACGGUCAUUUUCCUGCUUCACGCCUUCUUCAACUUCAUGUUGAUGUUCAACAUUCCGCUCCCGUUGCAACCAUGGCUUGUUGGCUUUCUCAAAGUCUUCUACGACCGGGAAUUGGCUGUCUCUGAGAAUACCGUCAAGGUCUCAAGCAUUCUACAUAAUCAUUCCUUGAUCAUGGGAAGGCAGAUCAUCAACAUUUUGCCGGAAGGCUCUGCGGUUCUCAACUUUGAGCAAACUCCAUUCUGCAUCGGCGAAGGGCGCGAAAGUAUUCGGCUGCCCAUACAGUUUAACUCUACGGUACCCGCUGAGAUGGAGCUCAUCCGCAUCGACCUCGAUACCAACCAGGAAGAGACGAUCAAGCUAUCAAGCAGGGAGAUUCGCAAAAUUGCCAAGCAAAUUAAGGACCAAACGGCGGAAUCAAAUCCACUUGCUCACUCCAUCGAGUAUCCAGUCAAGAAAACUGGUGUGUACCGUCUGGGCAAAGUCCUGGAUGAAUAUAAGCUUGAGGUCCAACGCACAACAAGGGACACUUAUGUUGUGCCGUGCCCGAAAGCAGGUUUCCGGACGCCCGAUAAAGAGGACCGGUGUAUUAGGGACUUGUCCAACCUGCUGGUUGACGUUACCGGAACGCCCCCUCUCAAAAUUGUCUACAGCCGGACGGGCAAAGACAAUGACCGCAGCUUCCACUUCCAAAGCCUACAGCCCGAAGACUAUACUUCGCCUUUACUCGGUACGCCUUCAUCUUCAUUGACUCACGUAGGCGACGAAGACAUUUCCUGGGUUAAGCCCCAUACUGUGGCGGUGCGCAUCAACGAGACCCUGGAUAGUCCAGGACAGUGGCAGUAUGCCGUGGACGAGGUCACUGACGGCUUCGGCAACGUUCAGAAGUACGCUCCAUCUGCCGAAGAUGCUGAAGUCCGUCCCCGGCCUAAGCAUCUGGCACGCAACUUUUUUGUCAAGGAGCGACCGAGGGCUCGGCUGCAAGACUGUGAUCUUCGCAGACCGGUCAAAGUUGCCAAGGGCCAAAAGGCGAGACUCCCAGUCAGUUUCUCGAUAGCUGGCAAGAACCCGGAUACUUCGCACACAUUGACUUGGGAAUUCUCGCCCAUAGACUCUUUGACCAACAGUGGAGACCAUGGCGACCAGGUUUCCUUGGGUUCUUACACCGCUUCCAACUCUCACGACAAGCCAUACGUCUCGGAGCCUGGUCUUUACACACUCAAAACCGUCUCCAGUGGCUCGUGCGAUGGAGAGGUACAAGAGCCAUCAUCUUGCUUAUUGCUCAAUCCACUCGAGCCCCAACUUGCUCUCCGUUCCGAGGAGAUACCGGAUAAAUGUGCGGGUAACUCAGUGGGACUUCGAGUUGAUUUGGAUUUCAUCGGAACGCCUCCAUUUGUGGUUCGGUACGACGUUGUCGACGAACAAGGCAAGACCCGACACGAGCGAGUUGAAGCAAAGAGCCUUAGACAACAAGUCGAACUGAGGCCCACCGCAGCCGGUCACCACAAGUACAUAUUCAAGCAGAUCGAUGAUGCUAUCUACAAGGGCCAACCUCUCGGCCCCGACAUGACUUUGGAAACGGACGUCAAGCCGGCGGCCUCUGCUGUCAUUUCGCACCCAACCGGACUCAAGAGCGCCUGUCUCGAACAGGAGGUUGAAGUAGACAUCCUCCUCUUCGGCGAUGCCCCCUUUACGCUCGAAUGGGAGCUGGUUCACGAUGGCAAACGUAAGUCGGAGCGCGUCACCGACAUCGAGGGGUCAACAUACAAGAUCAAGACAAAGCCUCUUGCUAAGGGCGGAGAAUAUACACUCGCUCUCAACAGUGUCCAGGAUAAGUCUGGCUGUCGCACGUUCCUGAAGGAUGAGCUCAAGAUCUCGGUCAGGCGACAGCGGCCUCGCGCAGCAUUCGGCCUGCUCGAGAACAAGCGCAUCACCAAGGUGAUUGAACACGCCGAUGUUAAGUUACCUUUGCGUCUCCAAGGCGAAGGACCUUGGACGGUUUCUUAUCGCAACGUCGAUGUAAAUGAUGAUAUCUACGAGAAGACGUUGAGGAAUGGCAAUGAUGUCCUUCAUGUCAGGUCUCGAGGCAUAUUCGAGAUCGUCAACGUGAAAGACAAUCAGUGUCCUGGUGUGGUGGACCCCCAGGCUUCCAAGUUCGAGGUCGACUGGUACCCUCGUCCAGAGAUCACUGUGGUGCCCUCUGAUACCAUCGUCUCGGAGAAGGGCAAAUUCGUCAAACGUGAUGUAUGUGAAGGGGACAUCGAUACUUUCGAGGUCAACCUCAAGGGUUCGGCCCCGUUCCAUGUCGACUAUAACAUUCAGCAUAAAUCGGCCCAGGGCUAUGCCUCGACCAGCAAGAGGGAUUUCGAUACGUCUCUCAACAAAGCGUCCAUUCCGAUGGAUACUUCCAAAUCUGGAGAGUAUACGUACCAGUUCUCCGCUCUGGCAGAUAAUCUCUACAAUAGCGAGAAGAACUCCCGCUCUCUGAUUCUUGAUCAAAGGGUCAACGCUAAGCCAUCCGCUGCCUUCGUUAAGCCGGGGCAAUCAUUCAAGUACUGCAAGACCGAGCAAGACAAAGAAGACACGAUUCCGAUCACCCUGAACGGCGUGGCUCCAUUCUACGUCGAGAUCGAGAUCAAGCAUCACAGUGGAACUGUACCUGAAACAUACAGAAUCCCUUCUAUUCAGGACAACACAUACGGCAUACACAUUCCUAGGCAGCAUUUACGACUUGGAAUCCAGCACGUUCGCAUCCGCGAAGUUAGAGAUGCCCGUGGAUGUCAAAAGAAGUAUGAGAUUGGUGCGCCAUCUGUGCAAGUCCAUCUCCAUGACGCCCCCGCCAUUUACCCUCUGGAAAGCCGAGGAGAUUAUUGCGUCGGUGAACGUAUCGCCUAUACGCUUUCCGGCACGCCUCCUUUUGAAAUUUGGUACGACUUUCAGGGCCAGCAACGCAAGGCCAAGUCUAGCACAACCAACUUCCGUCGUAUCGCCGAGUCCCCUGGCGAAUUCACCAUCACCUCCAUCUCUGACAAGGCCUCUGAGUGCCGCGCCUCUGUCGACAUCACCAAGACUAUUCACCCUCUGCCCGCCGUCAAGAUCAGCAGGGGCCGACAGACCCGCGUGGAUAUCCAUGAAGGCAACGAAGUGGAGAUCCUUUUCGAGUUUUGGGGUACUCCGCCGUACGAAUUCACGUACACUCGCAGCUCGAAUGCCCGCAAGGGCCAGAAGAGCGUUGUUCUCGAAACGCGGCACGACGUUUCCUAUGAGAGCAGCAAGAUCAUCCGCGCGAGCCAAGAAGGUACAUAUGAGGUGGUCGCCAUCAAGGAUAAGUACUGUGCCUUCUCUACUCAGCAGGUUGCCGACAGUGGCAAGGACCAGAAGCUGCUCAAAUACUAG